CUGGGUUUCUCACACUUCGAGCCGGCAGCAUGAAGUGGGCAGCGGUGGCAGCAGUUCUCCUCGUGGCCGCUGUGGCCGACGGCGCAGAUCUCGCCCACAGACAGCAGGCAGUCAACCGCCUGCUGUACAGAAUCUACAGCCCUAUCCCUUCCAAGUUCGGUGAACUGAAGACGCUCUCUAGCUCUUUCGAACCAAGGGCCCAUACUAGCCACUGCAAUGAUGGCGGUAAUGCCGUGAACCACCUCAUGGACGAGUACGAGGCUGGUCGUCUCCUUAAACAGCACAACUGGUUCUCCCUUUUCAACACCCGCCAGCGGGAGGAGGCCCUCAUGCUGGUCGAUGUCCUUCUCAAUUGCAAGGACUUCGAAACCUUCGUGGGCAACGCUGCUUUCUUCCGUGAGAACAUGAACGAGGGUGAGUUUGUCUACGCCCUCUACGUGGCUGUCACUCACUCUGACGUCAUGCAGGACGUUGUGCUGCCUCCACUGUACGAGGUCACACCUCACAUGUUCACUAAUUCAGAGGUCCUCGACAAGGCAUACGCUGCCAAGAUGACACAGACCCCUGGUGACUUCAAAAUGUCUUUCACUGGAUCCAAAAAGAAUAAGGAGCAGCGCGUCGCCUACUUCGGUGAAGAUAUUGGCAUGAACUCUCACCACGUUCACUGGCAUAUGGACUUCCCCUUCUGGUGGCAUGGAGAUGAGAUUGAUCGCAAGGGCGAGCUCUUCUUCUGGGCCCAUCACCAGCUUACUGUGAGGUUCGACGCCGAGCGUCUCUCCAACUACUUGCCUCCAGUUGACGAGCUCUACUGGGACCGUCCCAUCAAAGAAGGAUUUGCUCCCCACACAAACUACAAAUAUGGUGGAGAGUUCCCCACUCGUCCCGACAACAAGAACUUUGAGGAUGUUGAUGGUGUGGCUCGCAUCAGAGACAUGAAGGAAAUGGAAAGUCGUAUCCGCGAUGCCAUUGCUCACGGCUAUGUCGACAAAGUUGACGGCUCUCACAUCGACAUUGACAACGACCAUGGUAUUGAUGUCGUGGGUGCCGCCAUUGAAUCCUCUACAUCCAGCGUUAACCCUGCCUACUACGGCGCCCUCCACAACCAGGCUCAUCGCGUGCUCGGCGCCCAGGCCGACCCACAUGGCAAGUUCAACAUGCCACCUGGCGUGAUGGAACAUUUCGAGACCGCUACACGCGAUCCCUCCUUCUUCCGUCUCCACAAGUACAUGGAUAACAUCUUCAAGGAACACAAAGACAAGCUGCCACCUUACUCUGCUGCUGAUCUUAAGUAUGACAACGUCGAAGUCACUGGUGUCGAUGUCGAUGAGCUCUCUACCUUCUUUGAGAACUUCCAGUUUGAUCUGGGCAACGCUCUUGACACCACCGACAACGUGAAUGACGUGGCUGUCCACGCCAUCAUUCCUCGUCUGAACCACAAGCCCUUCGGGUACAACAUCCACUACAAAGCCGACCAUGCCGAGACAGUCACCGUCCGCGUAUACCUCACCCCUAAGUACGACAACAAUGGCGUCAGGCUGCCCCUGGAACAGAAUCGCUGGAACUCCAUCCUACUUGACACUUUCUGGGUUAAUGUCGAAGCCGGAGAACACACAUAUCACCGUGAUGCCGCCCAAUCCAACGUGGCUAUCCCCGACCGCCCCGCUUUUGAGGAGCUCAUGAAGAAGGCUGAUGAGGCCGUGGCCGGUGGCUCUGAGCUGUCGGAAGACUAUGGACAAUCCUGUGGACAUCCUCAGAGGCUGCUGCUUCCUAAGGGUAAUGAGAAGGGUCUCGAAUGUUGGUUCGCCGUUUUCGUCACCAGCGGCGAUGACGCCACUCAUGAUGACCUUCACUCGAACGAUCAUGGCGGCAACCACGGUUAUUGCGGUAUCCAUGGCGGGAAGUACCCUGACAAGCGUCCCAUGGGCUUCCCCUUCGACAGGCGCAUCCCCAACCCUGCUACUUUGCUCGAACAGCCUAACUUCCACUCCCAUACAGUCCGUGUGUAUCAUAAGGAAGAGUAAACUUUGUUGUUUCCUUACAGUCUUGCCAAUCAUACGAAAGAAA